GCGCGAGAAGAGAAUGUGUGAGUCCGCUGGUGAAUAUAAAAGAGAGACUGGAAGCGUGUAUCACUAACAGCAGUGUACGAGUAGUGAGAGCUGCAGCAACGAAGAGGAGCAAAGCGACAGAAUAAAUAAGAGAUAACACACAAUCUUCAUAUAUUUCAGGAGCCUAAUAACUAUAUCUGACAAAACAAGCAAGAUGUCUUCAGCCAAAGGAAUUGCUAUUGGGAUUGACCUGGGCACCACCUACUCCUGUGUGGGGGUGUUUCAGCACGGAAAAGUGGAGAUCAUUGCUAAUGACCAGGGAAACAGAACCACACCCAGCUACGUGGCCUUCACAGACACAGAGAGGCUCAUUGGAGAUGCUGCGAAAAACCAAGUGGCCAUGAACCCUAGCAACACCGUGUUUGAUGCCAAGCGGCUGAUCGGCAGGAAGUUCGACGAUCCGGUGGUACAGUCUGACAUGAAGCACUGGCCUUUCCAGGUGAUCAGCGAUGGAGGCAAGCCAAAAGUUCAGGUCGAGUACAAAGGGGAGAAGAAAUCCUUUAACCCAGAAGAGAUCUCCUCCAUGGUCCUGGUGAAAAUGAAGGAAAUCGCAGAGGCCUAUCUUGGACAGAAAGUAACAAAUGCUGUUAUUACUGUUCCUGCCUACUUCAACGACUCUCAGAGACAAGCCACUAAAGAUGCUGGAGUGAUUGCCGGACUGAACGUCCUGAGGAUCAUCAACGAGCCCACGGCCGCGGCCAUCGCCUACGGCCUGGACAAAGGCAAGAAACGAGAGCGCAAUGUCCUGAUCUUUGACCUGGGAGGCGGAACCUUCGAUGUAUCCAUUCUUACCAUCGAAGACGGCAUCUUUGAAGUCAAAGCCACAGCGGGAGACACUCACCUGGGCGGAGAAGACUUUGACAACCGCCUGGUCAACCACUUUGUAGAGGAAUUCAGGAGGAAGCACAAGAAGGACAUCAGCCAGAACAAGCGAGCCCUGAGGAGGCUGCAUACAGCCUGUGAGAGAGCCAAGAGAACCCUGUCCUCCAGCUCUCAGGCCAGCAUUGAAAUUGACUCCCUGUAUGAGGGCACUGACUUCUACACUUCCAUCACCAGAGCACGCUUUGAAGAGUUGUGUUCAGACCUGUUCAGAGGUACGCUAGAGCCGGUGGAGAAGGCCCUGCGAGAUGCCAAGAUGGACAAAUCCCAGAUCCAUGAAAUUGUCCUGGUUGGAGGUUCUACAAGAAUCCCCAAGAUCCAGAAACUUCUGCAGGACUUCUUUAACGGCCGGGAACUGAACAAAAGCAUCAACCCAGACGAGGCGGUAGCUUAUGGUGCCGCAGUUCAGGCUGCCAUCCUUAUGGGUGACACCUCUGGAAACGUCCAGGACUUGCUGCUACUGGAUGUGGCGCCGCUGUCCCUGGGCAUUGAGACAGCAGGAGGAGUCAUGACCACUCUCAUCAAACGCAACACCACCAUCCCCACCAAGCAGACGCAAAUCUUCAGCACGUACGCAGACAACCAGCCUGGGGUUCUGAUCCAGGUGUAUGAAGGUGAGAGAGCCAUGACCAAAGACAACAACCUACUGGGGAAGUUUGAUCUGACUGGCAUCCCGCCUGCUCCACGUGGAGUUCCUCAGAUCGAAGUCACCUUCGACAUCGACGCCAACGGCAUUCUGAACGUGUCCGCCGUGGACAAAAGCACAGGCAAAGAGAAUAAGAUCACCAUCACCAAUGACAAGGGCAGGCUGAGCAAGGAGGAGAUUGAGAGGAUGGUGCAGGAAGCAGAUAGGUACAAAGCAGAGGACGACCUUCAGAGAGAAAAGAUCACGGCCAAGAACUCCCUGGAGUCGUACGCCUUUAACAUGAAAAACAGCGUGGAAGAUGAAAGCAUGAAAGGCAAAAUCAGUGAAGAGGACAAGAAGAAAGUAAUUGAGAGCUGUAACCAGGCCAUUUCCUGGCUGGAGAACAACCAGCUGGCUGAAAAGGAGGAGUACGAACAUCAGCUGAAGGAACUGGAGAAAGUCUGCAAGCCCAUCAUCACUAAGCUGUACCAGGGAGGGAUGCCAGCUGGAGGCUGUGGAGCUCAGGCACGAGCCGCUUCAGGAGCAAACGGCCAGGGACCAACUACUGAAGAAGUGGAUUGAAAACUGAUCUGGACUUAAUAAGUGGACUUUUAACUGAAAUAUAAGCUAUUCACAGGAAACUGUUUUGGGUGAUAAUACUUGGUGGUAUGAUCCAAAUUAGAUUUAGUUUUUGUACUGUAGAUUUAGGUUUUGUGCCAUACCAAACUUUGAGGUCAUUAUAAACGGUGAUACAAUGAUUUGUGCUGUAACUACUGAUGUGUAUAUGUGCUUUUAUUUCUCUAUUUAUUGUU